AUGGGAAGACAACUCGAACAAGCAAAAGCCUCAAUGGGUCAGACAGGCAAAGACAUUAUUCGGACAUCAUCGAAAGGCGAAGAAGACGGUACAGUUCCUCUCAUUGGGGGAGCUGAAGCUCCUAGUUCGAUAUUGAAGAUUCCUUCAUUCCCUGAUCCUACUAGUCCAGUCACUCUGCUGUUCCCUGAUGAAACAGUUCCACCAGGGGAUAAACGAAAACAGCUAGGACCAUUGAAGGGUCAACAAGGUGAAGCCAAAACGGGUUCCAAGCCGUCCAUAGAUCGCAAUUCAAACGAAACGUUCUUGUCAACCAUAAAUGAAAUCCGGGCUAGCCAUUGUGAGAAUUUAGAAAAGAUGCAGAAGAUGUACGAGGAGCGGAUGCAAGAGAUGAUGAAAAACCAUGACAGGGAAAUCGAAUCGUUACGAAUGACCAAUGAAGCCCUUCGCAAUAUGCUGCAAGAUAUCAAGGCACAGAUAGCCGCUCUGGGUGGGGUUGGUGGUGUCGAUGCCAAUAAACUAGAACAAAUCAACAAAGAAUUAGAUUCUGAAUUAGAUAUUUGCGGACAGGAUAAGAAACUCAAUAAGAUAUGCAUGAAAAUUAUAAAGACAUCGAUAAAUUGUCUCAGUUUACGAGAACUCAGGUACCUCCAUUGCGCUGUGUAUAGGGCGGGAGUGAAAAUGAAACCAACAUCUAUUGUCCAUUCGGAGGAUAUAAAUCGUUGUUGCGAAUGUACAGGAUUCAUCUGUUGUUUGCCAAGUAUUCCAAAAGAUGCCGAGAAGAAGUUCAUUGAGAGAAUAAAUUGCCUGGAAAAUGAAUUGGAGAAUGCAAAUGACCUUCUGCAACGCUUGCGGGAUCGCUAUGAAUCGAAAUCUGGUUGCAAUCGUCGAUGCUGCACUGGUCACUCUGAAAGGUACUUACAUUACAGUGAACCAAGGACGGGCUUGGGGACAAUAAUGUCCGCCAAGAGGACAAAGUUAGUUCUACCGGACGAAAUUUCGUCUGAAGAGGAGGGAACGGGCCCUACAACGACGAUGGAGGGGAACUCGAGCCUCCUCAAGAGAAUUGCGGAGCUGGAGCAUGAAAAGGCUGACAUGGCCCAGCAGUUGGAGUGCCAGUUGGCGCUCAUCAACGAGCUGCAGCAGCAGAUGGCCGAGAUGAAAGCAGCCAACAUGGCCGCGAAGCAGCCGGCCCAUCAAGAACAACAGCAGCAACUACUGAACCAGCAGCGGCAGCAGCAGCAGCAACGGCAGCAGCAGCAGCAGCAACAACGGAAACAACAGCGACAGGAGCAGCAGCAACAGCAACGACAGCAACAGCAGCCAGAAGAAGAUGACGGCAUGUGCCUGGAAGUCAUCCUUCAGGAGGAGGAAGGAGACCCCUUCAACUUCGUGCAGCGAAGGAAGAAAUUGAAUAAACAAAAGGUUAGUGCAACUAUUAUGCAUAUUUGGUUCCUGCUUGAGCUGCUCACUAUACGAAUUUAG